AUGAAAGUUUUGUCCUACGGACUCUAUCGAAAAAUGAGGGGUUUUCACGGCUCACGAGAGAUUCGGUUACUCUUCAUCCAGCUGGUGACAAUGGCGGUGACGUUGGUGGCUGCGUUGCGAAACGCCCACGCCGCCCCGUCGGAUCCAAAUUGUCUCACCCCAUUCGACCUCGGUGGGACCCCAGGGACCAACAACUGUUACUCGUCCACACCGACCGACAACUGCGGCUCUGUCGACGGCUUCGGCGUGUCCGACGAGAAGAGCAUCAUCGUGGACGCUCACAACCGACUGAGGACGAAAGUCGCCACCGGCCAGGAGACGCAGGGCAAUCCUGGACCUCAGCCGUCGGCCUCCAACAUGCGACGAAUGGUUCACGCACGGAACGGGACAUUACACGCAAGUGGUGUGGGCAGAUUCGUACGCCGUGGGAUGCGGCUACGUCGCCUACGGGGAGGGAGCAAGCUCUACGCCUGCAACUACGGGCCGGCCGGGAACGUGAUGGGGUUGGGCAUGUACGGCGUGGGGACGCCUUGCACCUGCUGCCAGUCGACCUGCUCCGAUGGGGUGCUCUGCGACUGAUUUUCUUUCCUUCCGUGCUUCGUCGAGCGUUGUUCCGGAUUUUCCUAGCCGGAUACAAUAAAUAGGACUCGCAUUUCA